AUCACGGAAGACUAAAUAUUAAUAUAUCAAACUACGGUAUACUAUAUACUAUAACUAAUUCGAAGAUCGCCGGUGGAAAAGAACCGACGGACCCGCCAGUACGGGCACGGAUUCAUAACAGAACACACAGACAGAGCAACUUAACGUGUAUUCCUACCCAAUAUUGACUAGGGUGUCCACGAUGUGAACCCAACGGAAGGAUUGCCAACCUCCAGCUCCCUGCCUCCUUUCUCGGCCGUGUCUUGUCUUCCGGUCUAGUUCGUCAAGGGGUCCCCCGAAGCGGGGAUAAGUUAUCGGAGAGCGAUAGGCCCAAGCUCCUUACGUCUCCUAUUCACCAGUUCACCAUAUGCACCUUACCUACCUAGGGCUGCCAGGUAGGGAGCUAGAUAGUGCAUACAUAUAGUAUAUCUUGCAGGACGAGAGAGAUCUUUCAAUCCUAGAUGGUGCAUGUCGUUCAGAUGUUUAUUAAUCGCAACUAAGCUUGUAUGUCUCCGGAUGAGCUACGAAGUACAUAGCUUAUUGCUACUCCCAGGGGCGAGUUGUGCACAACGUGACCAUAGACGCUGGUGUAAGCUCUCAGAAACCAUCGAUAUUCGAGUGCGAGACUCAUGCCACGACAGCAUGAUUAGGGACAGACCACUUAUCACGAUAUUCGAUGCUCUAGUAAGAACGUUAUAAUAGAUGUCUCGAAGGCCAUUUGCCAAAGUAAAAAAAAAGCAAGAACUGACAUGAGCUUUCUAAGCGGCGCUAUUUUGAUGGCGGUUUCCGACGACAAUUACUAGAACUAGACAUUCAUCUGUGUUAUUAAGUACAUACCUAUAGUUAUAUUAACAGUUAGGUAUUAUUUACCCUACGUAGCAACAGAUCCACUGCCACGCGAUCAAUAUUUAAG